AUGGACUCUCAUCCAUGGUCAAAAGACCAGGCUCUAGAAAAUCCAGUGUGGGGACCACUCCGAAACAAAUGGGCAUGGAAGCGUGAAUGCUCACCUAUUGGCGAUAUUGCAUCUGUUCCAAAACGGGUCCGAGUCAAGUCAGUUAAAAGCGGCAGAACAAAAGUAAGGACACCAGCACCUCUCCUCAGAACUGUAAAAAGCAAAAGCUGCAAAAGAUUAGAGCGGCCGCCACCUCUCGCAUCAGACUCUGAGGACAACAUGGAGGUUAGCCAACCUCAGUGGUCCAAGAAGAGGGCUUGUGUCCGAGUCAUCACUGAACAGUUGGAUAUUGAUUCAGACAGUGCUAGCAAGCAGAGUGCCUCUGAUAGAAAUUCCGGUUCCAAAAUUGAAGAGUCGGACUCAGAAUCAGAGCCAGUUGAGAGCAUCGCAGAAGCUCUGUUUGGAGAGGUUCCUGCAAUUGCCAAUGUGCAGGCAGACCACCAGAAAAAGCCUGCAAAGAGCGAGUCUGGCAGACCUCAAAAGACCAAAAAUGCUCCAUCCCAGUCACUGACACCUCCACCGCCUGUAUGGGGCUCUCAAUACAGGCCUUCAAGUGCGAAAGAGAAGAAGUAUGCUGCCGAACCUCUCAAACAUGCUAACAAGAGCAACAAGCACUCCUCUGUAGUGGAAGAAGACAAAGAAGACAAAGAAGAUGAGGAAGAUCUUUCCAUCCUUGAUAUCAAACCCAAGCCCUCCAUGUCUCUGCAUGCUGACCCCAUGGCCAAUCUUGUUUACACAAAGACUGGGUCAGUGAUCCAACAUGGUAUUCUUGAGGUCAAGGCAUACAUUGCCUUCAAGCACGGGUACCCUGAACUCGUGGCCAAGAACUCAUAUGCGCGGGAAAUCCUAUUGCAGGCUGCGAAGCACCACAAGACAGUGCCAAUCGAGAAACGGAUGUAUGUUGAUGAUGAAUAUUUGUCGGCGCUCGCUAAUCUAAUUGAUGCUCAUGCGAGCCUCUUUCACACUGAUAUCAAGGAUGUCACCUAUAAAUGUGCCCCAGGAUACUUCCGACUCGGCCAUAACUGCGAUGGUAUCAUUGACCGUCUCCUCGCAAGUCAUUCCUACAUUUUUCCACAGAUAUUUGAUGCAGAGGGUCUUCCUUCACCAAAACGACAGAAACCAUAUCAAGGGCAGCCUAUAGUCGACACUGUAUAUGAGGUUUUUUUCAAGAACUCGAAGUCCAUUGGUUCGCAGUUUGCUCGACGCUUUGUUGACAUUGCGAAGAACAAAACUGGUCAGCCAGAAAUCCCCAUCCCCAUGUUAGCCAUAGUUAGCACAGCUAUUCACACUACUCUGAUUGCAAAGAAGAACAAGGUGGGCAAUGACUUCAAGUUCACAGGCAACCAAUUCUGUGAUAUCUAUACAUACCAUGUGGCGUUGUUGGAGAAAAUCCAAUGGAUGGCUCCAGUCAAGUUUCACAAAAUGAUGUCUGAUAUCUAUGAGGAGGUUCAGCAUUUCUGUCGUGACACAAUUGGAGCCUAUGACAAAGAUACUGAUCUAAUGCUCUUGGACCUCGACGGCAUGGACGACGAGUAG